AUGAAGUUCCGGCGGACACUGAGGUUUCAUGGUCUGAAGCGGCCUAAAGUCCGCCAGACCUGGAACAAGUUUAACCUUUACAACCUCAGCCGCCUCAGGAUUCCUUUCCUCAUCUCGAAGACCUUCUUCCAGCAGAAAUGGGCCGCCAAAGCGAUGACGCGAGGCUACCACGGCGAGCACAUCAAGGAACGCCAGUGGGAGAAGAUGUUCAGCCGACGCCUGCUAUCCGUCGUCAACAUGAACCCACGGUACAUGGCCGCACAUGAUGGCUCAGAGCAGGCAACCGGCCGCGGCUCAGGGCAUGACAAGCCUGGCGAGGAGGACUUGGCCGAGAUUGGCGUGCAGGAGGAGCAGAGAGGGCCCAGGCCCACGAAUAUGAGCUCGGAUAGGCGCACACCGUACAUGAACAUGGCGUAUGCGCCAAUGGAGAGGCGGUUAGAUAUCGCCGUUUGGAGGUCUCUGUUUGCAAGCAGUGCAAGGCAGGCCCGCCAGUUCGUCGUUCACGGCGCAGUCAAGGUCAACGGUCAAGAGAUGCGAUAUCCAGGAUACCUCCUCAACCCAGGAGACAUGUUCCAGGUCGAUGUCGAGCGAGUUAAACUCGCAAUUGGCCAACCGAAGGGCCGGAUAAGAGUUCGAGCUGGCAAAGGCGCUACCGAAGGUGAGGAGGCUGAAGAGGUCGAGGAGGCUGCAUCAGAAGCAGACGCAUCAGCCGAAGGCGCCGAGGCGGAAGCAACAGAAGCCGUAGCAGAGCCUGAGGUUACUCCGGAGCAGCAAGUCGCACAAUUGAAGGAGCUGCUCAAGCUUGCGAAGGAGAUUCUCUCCGAGGGCGGCCUCCUGCUCUCAGUGAAGCGCAAGCAGCAGCUACGAACAUUCGCCAAGGAUGCUCGCAGCGCCAUCGCUCGUGCCGGCAAGACCCCGACCGAGAGCGAUGCUACAAAGGCCACCGGUCUUGUGGACGACCUCACGGGCUUGCUUGCAUCCAUGGACCUCAACUCUUCCGCCAAAGGUGAUGUUGCUGCUGCCGCCGAAGAAAAGAGCCAAGCUGUCAACAGCGACGUCACUCAGCUCACGGGUGACGAGAAGAGAGCCCUAGACAAGCUCCUACAGGAAGAAGCAGACAACCCCUACGACCCAUCCAAGCCAUACCUCACCCCCUGGCGGCCGCGCAACUACAUGAGCCCCUUUGCCUUCAUCCCGCGCUAUCUCGAGGUCAACCAGAACAUCUGCGCGGCGGUAUACCUACGGCACCCGGUCGCGCGACAGGGAUAUGCUGAGGUGCCGACCCCGUUCCCCCAGGCCAUCAAUCAAUUGACUUUCAACUGGUACCUCAGGAGGAGGUAA